GACCUAGGACGCAAAGGUCAGACAGUCAUAAGUGAGUUGGAUGAAACUCGUGAUCAGAUGAAAAUAAUGCAGGAAAAUUUUGCAUCAGCCGAGAGUGAGUGGAAAGUGCAAUUAGAAAAGUAUAAAGAGCAUAUUGCAGGGCUUGAAAAUGAAAUAUUAGAAAAAGACCAGAAAUUGAAAAAUAGUGAAUUAGUUGCAAAAAAUUUGGAAUCUGCUCGAUAUGAAUUAUCUGUUAAAAAUGCUGAGCUUCAAAAGAAGGUAGUUAUUGUCCAAGAAAAUGCUGCUAAGCAAUGUGAAAUGUAUAAUAAAGAAAUUGAAGGUGAAGUUGAAGAUUUAAAGAAAAAUCUGGAAAAGGAAAAAUGUCAUGUAGCAGAACUUCAAAAAGCCCUUGAUGACUUUAGUAGUCAGUCUGAGAACAAAGUUUUGAAAGCUAGGGUGAAAGAAAGAACAAAACUUAAAGCUUUGGAACGUGAACUUAAUGCAUUAAAAAAGGCUAAUGAAGAAAAACCAAAAGAAAUACUUGAACUCCAUCAGCAUAUUGCUGAGCUAGAAGAAGAUAAAGGAUCUUUGCAGCUUAAAGUUAUGGAACUUGAAGAUCAGGUCACACAACUAGACAAACUGAAAGAAGAACAUGUCAUGUUUGAAACUAAUAUUAAGGAAGCCCAGCAAAAAGUAGACAGUUUAGAAAAGGAAAUAACUUGUCAUCAAACUGAGAGAGAUAACUGGAUGCAAAAAUAUGAAACCUUGCAUGAAAGUUUUAAUAAUCUGAAGGAGAGCUAUGCUGCUUUAAGUGAGAAGAAUGCUGAAGCUCAGAAACAUAUGGAUUCAAUUAUUAUUUCCAAUGGAGAAAUGGAAAAUGAUUAUAAUAAACUGAGGCAAGAACAUAGUGAACUUGUUCGUAAGUACCAGGAAGCUGUGGAAAAUUUGCAGUUACUUACAGAUCAAAAAGUGGCAUUUGAAUUAAAAAAUAUUGAACUUGAAGAAAUGAGAGAGAAUGAUGAAAAGAUUAGAAGUGAGCUUCUGUGUAGAAUCCAAGAGCUACAGCAAUCAUUAAAAAAUGGAAGCAAACCUGAUAUACAGCUUGAAAGUGAAAAUGAAGCCCUCACUAUAAAAUUAAAAGAUGUGACUGAAAAGUUUGUACAGUCUGAAAAUAAGGUAACAGAGCUUCAAGAACAUAUUGAAUCACUUCAGAAAACAUUAGAAGAAUUAGAGAACAAACAUUCUUGUGAAAUAUCUCACAUGUCAGAAAAAAUAAAAGAUAUGGAAACAAAUUGUAUUACUUUGAAAGAAAAUGUUCAAUCUAUGAUAUCUCAGAUAGCAGAAAAAGAGAGGGAAAUUGAGGAAAUAAAAAUGAAAAAUGUAAGUGUUCAAGAUGAAUUGCAAGGUCUUCUGAUUCAUUUUCAAGCUAAAAAUGUGAAAGAAUGCAAAGAUUUUGCAGCUGAAAAAGAAAAUAAAUAUGUCCUCUUACAGUAUAAUUAUGAAAAGGUAACCGAAGAGAACAAUAAAUUAGUGAAUGAAAUCAAAGUUAUUACUCAAGAAUUAGACUGCGAAAGGCGUAGACUUGCAGACACUUAUGAAGAACAGCAUCAAGUUAUUGAAGACAGAAUUGCUAAAGAAAAAGCACUGUCUGAUACUAUUGAAGUGCAAUCAAAAAAACUGGUUGAAUACGAAGAAAUUGAACAGAAUUAUAUUUGUGAAUUGGAAUCAUUAAGAAACAAAUUAGUUGCUGAAUGUGCAAAUUCUCAGACAAAAGUUUCAUCACUUUUUGAUCAGAUAAAAGACCUAGAAAAUGAACUUUUCUCCUUGCGUGAUCAAAUGGACAUUGCAUCAAAAACAAAUAAAACAUUACAAGAAAAAUUUGAUAAAAACAAAUUAGAAAUAAAAAAUUUAAAUGAAAUACUAACUAAAAAUAACCUAUUGUUGCAAGAAAAAGACAUUCUAGUUGAAAAUCUAAAAUUCAACAUUUCUACUGCUGAAGAAUCAUUAGCUGAUAUGCAAAAUGAAAAUGAAAAGUUAAAUGAAAUCCUAAAAGAAAAUUAUUCCGAAAUUAUGUCACUAAAGCAAAAUAUUCAAACUCUUAACAGCAUAAUAACAGCAAAAGAUGAGAAAAUAUCUGAGCUUAUGCAUGGAUUGCAAGAAGCUGAAAAAUCUAUCGUAGCAAAAAAUGAACAAAUUAAGGAGGUUUUAGUGAAAGAUCAACAAGUAAAGGAACUCAAAGAACAAAAUGCUAUUUUUGAACAAGAAAAGAUGGAAUAUAAGCAGUUACUUUCAAUGAAAGAGAAUAUGUAUUUAGAAGAAAAGUCUCAUUUUGAAGCAAAACUAAAAGAAGUUAUUGAAGAAAAGAAAUUUCUUGAGCAAGAAAAGAUGGAAUAUAAGCAGUCCCUUUCUGUGAAGGAGAACACUCAUUUAGAAGAAAAGUCACACUUUGAAACUAAGCUGAAAGAAGUUGCAGAGCAGAAAAAAUUGCUGGAACGCAUGCUAAAUGAAAAAGCAGAAGAAUGUGAAUCUUUGAAUCACAAAAUUGAUCAAAUGGAAGAUUUACUGAAACAAAAGGAAAUUCAAAUAAAAAGCAUGUUAGAAAAUCUGUCAUCAACUAAUGAAGUAGAAGAAAAAUCAACUCUUCACUUUGAAAGCCAACUUGAAGCAAAGACGAGAGAAAAUAAAACUCUUGUGGAAGAAAAUAACAGUUUACAGAAAAAAAUUUCUGAGCUGAAAAUUGCUAUUAAUGAGCAAUCUCAGGAAUUAAAUGAUGCUAUUUCAGCUUUGGAAACAUCUCAAGUACAAUCCCAAAAUCUCUCAAAUAAAAUACUUCAGUUAGAAAAUGAUGUUAAGCUUUCUGAAGACACUAAAAAUGAAAUGAAUAUUCAUAUUUGUGAUCUAGAAGCUCAAGUUUUUAACUUGAAUGAAUUAAGUAAUACUCUAAAAAAUAGCAUUGUUUCUCUCCAACAAGAGCAUUCGCUGCAGGUUUCAAAUUUAUCUGAGGAAGUUACAAAGUAUAAAAAUGAAAUUAAUACCAUCAGUGAUAAAUUAUCAGUCUGUGAAAAGGAGAAAAAAGAACUCAUUGAGCAGUGUAAUUUGCUGCAAAUUUCCUUGACAGAUGUUGAAAUAGAUAAAAAAUCAAAACAAGUUGAAACUGAAUCUCUUUAUGAAAAAAUUAAUGCACUUGAGGCUAAUAUGUCGGAGAAAAGUAAAAUUUAUGAUGAUGAGAUAAAAUCACUUCAGGAUAAAAUAAAAUAUUCUGAUGAAGCACUUAGUAGCAAAAGUUCUGAAGCAGAAUCUAGUUUGCAAAAAUGUUUAGUUGAAAUUAAUCUUUUACGUGAUUCAGUAGAAAAAUUAGAGCAACAGCUGAAUCUUUCAGAUGAAGAAAAACAAGAGAUUAAAAUUGAAAAUGCCUGUUUGCAGGCAGUGGUUAAUGAACAUGAAAAACAUAUUGCCAAUCUGAAUGAAAAAUUAAAUGCUGAGCAAGAAAAGAACUCUGAAAAUCUCCUAAUGUAUGAAAAUUAUAAACAGUCAGUUGAAACAAAAUUAUGUAAUUUGCUUAGUUUAAAACAAGAUUAUUGUAAAGCAUUAAAAAACAUAAUAAGCUUGUAUGGGAUUGAGGAAGAUACAUCUUAUGUAGAUUCUGAAAAUUAUAGCAUUAAACCAGUUCAAGAAUUUUCACUUGAAUCAAAGAGUGUAAUAAGUAGAAUAAUUACAAAAGUAGAAAAUAAGUUCAAGUCGCUCCAGGAAGAAAUUUCAAAGUACCAAAAUAAUUACCAAUCUUUGAUGUCAUUAUAUGAAUCUCGUGAACAGGAUUUUGAUCGUUUACAGAUUGCAAACCAUGAGCUAGAAAUGGAAAGUGAAUUUCUAAAGCAAUAUAUUAUGAAUUCAUCUCAAGUUAUUUCUACAAACAUAAAACAAAACGAUGAAAAGUUUGAUCUGAUUAUCAAGAGUCUUGAAACAAAACUUGAAAAUGUACAAAAUUUAAAAUCUAAACUUUUAAUAUUAGAUAAAGUCGUAAACAAUCAGCAUCAGCAGAUUCUUUCACUUGAAGCUACAAAAAAUUCUCUAUCAAAUUUAAUUAAUGAUUAUGAUGUAGAAAAAGAAAAUUUAAUGAAAGUUCAACUUUCUGAAAUACAGUGUUACAAAGAACAAAUAGUGCAGCUUGAGACUUCGUUGAAGGAAGCCACUGAGAACUAUUGUUCUUUAAUGAGAGAUAUUGAAAAGAAACAUAAUAUGUUUGAAAACUGCCAAAAAGAAGUGCUGAGAUUGUCUAAUUUGCUGUCAGCUAAAGAUGAAGCAAUCACUAAAAUGAUGCAAGAGAAGCAAAACAGUGAUAACACUGUAAUGGCUUUACAGACAGAAAUCUCACGGGCACAGUCCUCAGUUGUUUUAUUGCAAAAUGAAAUAAGUGAUUUAAGAAGGCAACAAAAGGAAUAUUCUGAACAGUCACAAGUCUUAGAAUCAUCUCAUAAUGUGAGCAAUAGGCUACAAGUAGAAGUAGAAACCUUAAAAAAUGAGCUUGCUUUUUGUGAAGAACAGAAAAAUUCAUUGCAACAACAUUUAGAUAACUGUAGCUCUCAGCUUCAGCAGUCUCUGACAGAAAAGUCCAGUUUGGAGUCUAACAUGGAACAGAUGCAACAUAAAUUAAAUGAUCUUAUAGAAACAAAUGAGAAUUUAUCAAAUUCCUUAGAGGAAUGUCAUUUAGUAUUAAAUAGUACCCAAAAAAACUGUCAAGAGUUAGAGCAGCGGUAUGUGGAGUGUAAUCAGAAAUACGAAGCUAAAUGUAAAGAAAAUGAAAAUUUACAGUCAUCUCUUGAAAAGGCUACAGAAAGUGUUUUAUGGAAAGAAAAUUUUGAACAAUUGAAAUGUACUUUGAAAAAUAUUAAAAAUGUCCUUUCCAAAGGUGAGAGUAUUAGUGAUUCUGAUUUUGUACAAGAAUCUUUACGCAGACUUAGAGAUGAAGAGAUUAUUGAAUUAUUAUCUGCAUUUUAUUCAGAAAUUUUGAACACAAAAAAAUCACAAUUAGAGGAAAUUAAAAAUCUCAAAAAUUUUAUUGAAAUAGGCGAGUUAAAAAAUAAAGAACUCUCUGAAGAACUGGAAACUUUAAAAGGAAUAUCGCAAAAGUGUGAAAGAGAUGUAAAUCCCAUUAUACAGCCUUCUGAACCAACAAAAGAUGCUUGUAUUAUUGAUGUGCCGACUGUCAGUUCAAAUUUAACUGAAAAGUUACUGCAACAAAGUCAUUCAGUAUCUUUUGCAGAAAAACAAAAUGAAGAAUUAAAGCAAGAGAUUAAUACAUACAAAGUAAAAUGUGCAAAGAUGCUGACGAGAUUAAAACUAUUUAAAGAGAAAAAUGAUAAACUUACUGGUGAAUGGAAAGAAUUAAAAGAUAAGUAUGAUGAACUAAUUGUAUAUAAUGAUGAAAGAAUGAUGAAAGAAAAAGAAUAUUUUGAUGAGAUAAUUGCACUUAAAAAUGAAAAUGAAAAUCUUAAUAUGAAUUUACAAUUUGUUGAAAAGCAAAAGAAAUUAGAGCUUGCUGAUGCUAAUGAUAUUAUCAAUCAACUGAAGAAACGUUGUGCUUUGUUAGAUGAGGAAUGUUGCAAAAUUAGACAAGAACUGCAAGAAUACAAAACUGCCUGUGAGGAAUAUGGUGUUUCUUAUGAACUUCAGAGAGAAGAUAAUGAAAGACUUAAAGUAAAGUUAAAUGAAAUAAUGGAGCAAGCUGAAGAUGCAAAAUCAAAAUUAAAUGAGCUUAAUUUUGAGUUAAAUAAUUUGAAAAAUGAAAAUAAACGUUUGUGUCAAGAAGCUCAGAAUUUGAGAGAACAUUCAGAUAUGUUACUUUCUGAUAAUGAUAUGUACCAGAAUCUCAUAGAAAAACUGACAGCUGCCAAACAUUCUUUAGAACAAAAAUUGCAGGAAACAAAAGAAAAAUACGAUAUGGACUUAAUAAACCUAGAAAAAAAUUUCAACUCUGAGCUUGCUAAGUAUAAUACAGAGAAGAGAAUGUCUACAGAAAAUGAAACAUACAUAAGUGACUUAGAAAAAGAAUGUCUCUCUUUAAAAGAAAUGUGUUCUGAAUUAAAUUUGAAAAAAGAAACUCUUCAAAAAGAUUGUGAUAUCUAUCAUAGGAACAAUAAUUUGUUGGAAAAAGAAAAAUUAUAUUUACAACAACAGCUUCUGGAAAAAAAUGCUGAACUUGAAAAGAUAAAAUUGAAACUUGGUGAUGCUGUGAAUAAUCUAUCUAUUGAAAGUUUGCAUUUGGAAAGGCACGGAGUUUCAGUUGUACCUAGUGAAACAAAUGUUGAUUAUCUAAGUCAGGAGAAUGCAGAUUUGAAAAGCAAACUUAAUUCUUUAUCUGAAGAAUUAAAUGCAAUACAGAAAAAUUUUGAGAUAUUACAGCAAGAAAAGUGUGACAAAGAUAAUGAAGUAUUGCAACUUCAAAAUAAACUCCAUAAUGUUGUUCAGAUGUCUGAUAUUGUUUCUGCAGAUCAAAAAGAUGCAAGAAAUUUAAAAAUAGAACUUCAGCAAGCUAUGAGUAGUUUGCAUCAUCAAGGCUUGAGAUGUGAAGAAUUAAGUCAUGAAGUUAGCAAGUUACUUGAAGAAAGAGAUACAUUGAGAUGGAAACUAAAUCAAUAUCAACAGCUUAGUUCAGAAAACAAAACUAAAAUGGACAAUAGCACAAAUGACUCUGUAAUGCCUGCUUCUUCUGAAUUAGUUUCAAUAAAGAUUGAAAGUGCUCAAGGUACUUCUGUAGCUGCUCUGAGAGACAGAUUAAUUGAAACAGAAAAGUUAUGUCAAGAAUUACGGAGAUCAAACGAAGCUUUAGCACUUGCUCUGAAUAUUGAAAGAGAUCAGAAAAAGAUGAUGGAAGAACAAUUAGGUUAUGCAAAAGAGUUUUUUAAUGACGAGAAACCAUCUGAUGAGUAUCAAAUUUUACUUGGUGAUGUCAAUGAACCGGAAAUGUUUGUAGAGACCAAUUUCUCCAUCAGUCGUAGCAUGAGGACACAUUCUUACAAGUUUCGCCGUUGGCUGAAGGGAAGAAAGAAUUAUGUGUGCAGAAUGGUGAAGAGUAGAAACUAUCCUCAAUUAGUUUAUAUAUUUUAUUUAUGCUUCAUUCACAUAUUUCUUUUAACUUGUGUCUUGAGGUAGCCAUUCAGUAGUAUAUUAAUAAGUGGUAAGAUAUUUUCGUAGAAUAUAUAUUGAGAGAAACUUCAAAUUUCUGUGAUAAUUUUCUCAGUUUUCUAAAAUAACAAUAUAACUGUUUUACACUGUAAAAAUAUAUAGAAAUUUUAUCAGAAUUCUUGCAUUGCAUUUUUAAGGUAUAUUGCAUUUUAAGAAAUAAUCUAAGUGAUGUUUACAGUUUUAAAUUCCAACUUUUUUCUUUCAUAGUCUAUAUAUUUAAAUUUAAACUGAUUGUGUGUAUAUUUUUAAUAUUGUUAGUAAUUUUUUGUUUUGUCAUAUUAAGAGGAAUUGCAGUGUUAAUACAGAUGAUAUGUAGAUGCAAAUGUGCCUAUGAUAUACAGUGAAUGCCAACUGAAUUCAUUGAAAGACUAGUGAAAAUACUCAUAAUUAUAUUCCAAAAGUGUGAUAAACAUUGUACCUAUAAAAGUCCUUAUCUGACCUUUAUUAUUGCAACUGUUUAGACAUAUGCUUCCAAUUAAAACAAAAUGCUUAAGUUAAAACAAUUCAUGUUGUAGCAUUUUUAAAUAUAAAGAAAUCUGUUUUGUAAACAUUACAAAAUCUAACUUUUUAUAUGCUCUCCCAAUUCCUAAACUUAUGUUUAGGAAAAUGCUAUAAUCAUUUAAAAAAAAUAAAGCUGUUAGACUUCUGUAUGACUGAGAUAUUUCACUUCAAAAUUUGUGAUUUUUUACCUCAUUUUUAGUUUGUGCUGAAGGAUUGGUUAACCAUUUGAGAACGGGAUGGCCAUUAUAGGGGCCAUAGAGUCCUCUGUUUGAAAGGACGGGGUUGUCCACUUUAGUGGCCAUGUCUUUUUCCCUCAUUUUCCAGGCUGAAAGAGUGGGGUGAAAUGUCAAAUUUGACGUCCCUGGGGUUAAGUUGGAAUGAAUAUUUUACUUUCCAUUA